UUGAUGAAAAUGAAAUUGAGGUGUUCACUUCAAGUGAUGUGCAUGACUUUCUUGUGCUCUAUAUUAUGUUGUAGUUUUCUGAUGAGUCAAGGUCGUUGCCAUGACAUUGUAGAAGCAGUGGAGACGAUAAAAAGUUUUGAAGAUUUUGAAAUAGAGCAAAAACUUAAGGUUAUCAACAAACCUGCUGUAAAGAUAAUAAAGUCUAUUUCUGGUCAACGGUACGGAUGCGUGGACUUUUACAAACAAGCAGGAUUUGAUCAUUCAUCCAUGAAUAACCACACAUUUCCCUAUAAGAUGCCUAUGAUGUCAUACCCUUUAGGAUCAAAAAGAAAGAGAGAGAAAGUAAGUAACAAAACAUUUGGUCACUUAUGGAAAAAUGGUGUAGGUUGUCCUAUGGGAACGGUCCCUAUAAUGCGAGUCACCAAAGAUGAUCUUUUGAAAAUGAAAUCAUUUGAUGAUGACGAUAACGCUUACCCGCAAAGUUCAUGGGGAAAUACCUAUAAACCUGCGAUUUCCAACAAAGGUCAUUACUUUGCUCUGGCGCGGACUAAAGGAAAACCAAGGAAAUACAAUGGUGCAGCCAUGAAUAUGCAUAGAGGCACUUCUGAGGCUAAUCUUAGUAUGCAAUUCAGCUCUGGUCGUAUGAACUUUCAAAUCGGAAAUGAAUUCAUUCAAGUUGGUCGGCUCUCAUACCAAGAAUUAUACAAAGACACCUACCCUCGGCUGUUUGUAUUUACAAAUGCGGGAGGACAUCCGUGUUUUAAUAACUUCUGUCCGGACGGAUCAGGAAUGAUACUAGUCAGCCGAGACUUCACUCCUGGUUUACUUCUUCUAGAAACAGAUUAUGACAUCGCCAUAUACAAGGACAAGAGAAAUGGGGAUUGGUGGCUGUUGAUGGGGCCUUCAUGGGAAGGAAUUGGGUACUGGCCAUCAAGCACAUUCCAAGAAAGUUAUGGUACAGGCAUAGAAUGGGGUGGUGAAGUCUAUAGCCCCGGACUUCCUAGUCCUCCAAUGGGCAAUGGUUACUUUUUGGAGAGAACUCCUGACCAAGACGCAUAUAUGCGUCGAAUCAAGAUUGUGGACGAAAAUUUUAAGAUCGACAAUACUGUAGGGAACACCGAAUCUUUUUCAACCAAUCCUCAUUGUUAUCAAGUGGUCGAUGCAAAGGAGAACUUUUGGAGACAUGCAGGUCAUCUUGUGCUUUAUGGAGGCCCUUUGUGUAAUAAACUUCGAUAAUGCUUAGCAAUAUUCCGAAACUGUAAUAUCUUUCUUUCUUUCUUUCAUAAUGGACCUGAUAAACAAAUAUACUAUGAUUAUGGAAUUAUUAAUAAACUCUUGAUCAA